UUCAUUUUUAUUUCAUAUUUUUAGAUAACUUUAAAAUGAAAGAUUAUAAAUAACUGGAGUCUUCAAAUAAGUGGAAAGGAAUGAUCUGGUUGAAAUGAGCGACAACGGUCCCAGUGUUCCAAUCACAAAUUUUGCCUGUCUCUCCUCUCUCACAGAAUUGUUGCCUGAGUUACCAUUGCCCGGUCCCGCUAAUACAGCAACAAACGUUAAUAAUACAAUCUUCUAUAAUGCAGGAUUAAGAGAGGAAGGAUCACAUGUAUUGUUGAGCAAUGACGCAAAUCUCGCAAACCAGUUGGCACACGCCCUCAGUUCCUCCAAUGUUGAAUACUUGGAACUCAGGGAACAGUUCAGGGGGGACGAUCUUCCCUCGACCCCCCUCACCCAGUCCAUCUUCAACCUAAACCCUGCAGCUUUCGGUCUUCUACAUCAGAUAGUCCAGAAGAAUGCUGCUGGAUCCACCUCGCAUCCUCAGAAUGGCCUCGGCACCAGCUCCAGUGAUCAGCGUAGCCCUGUCUCCAAGGCCUCGGCCCCGUCCCUCAAGAUGCCUAAGAUCAACCUCGGGCUCUCCAGGGAGGACCGGGAGCUGAUGAAGAAGAAGCUGGAGAAUCUUAAGGAUCCUAUACCUGGAGUCAGCUAUAACAGCUACAGUCCGCGAGCGCAGCGAGACAAGAAGUAUGUGGAACCUAGUGAGUCGGAGGAGGAGGAGGAGGAAGAAGACAAUAAGAAGAAAUCUAAAUUUUUCAAGCAUACAGAGAAAGAGAGAGACAACGAGAGAAAAAAACGACGGGAUGAACGAAAAAAAGUCAAGGACGAGGAUUUUGACCCGGACGAGGAUUCAUCAGACCGGAAACGGAAACACGAGGAUGACGAUGAUGAAAAUAACUGGUUGAAGAGACGAAGGAAGCAUGAAAGAUCGCCGCCUCCGGAUCUGGACAAUUUUGUCCCGAAAACAACCAGUCGGAAGAUCGAACGAAAACCUGUUGCACGAACACAAAAGAUUGAUCCAGAGACGCUAAUGGAGUCCAGCAAUUAUCAGAAGUUUAAUCGAACCCUCGAGUCAAUUUUUGACAAUUCCGAAGAGGUGAAUAUUAAAGAGCUUGAGGAGAACGAGGACACCGAGAUACCCCCUGAGAUCCUCAUCCCUAAAUAUCAGGCCCAGGACCUUGCCAACGAGGCCGCCAAGCUCAAGUCCAUGGAGGCCAUGGAGAGCGUCCCCACAGAGCGGCUGGUUAAACUCCUGAACAUCCUCCAAUGGAACGUGAGGGACGGGAGCAAAGUGUCCCCCCUCGGCCUCGCUGAGGACGAGGAUGAGGAUGAUGAUAAACUUUUCCUUGAACUAGCCUCGGAGCGUGUAAGCCGCGCUGCGGAUUGUGCAAUGUGUGCUAUGCAUAUUAUGACAAGUAAAAACAUGAACAAGCGGGUGUACAUCGACGACGUGAUCGACAAGAUUACGUUGUUUGUGAGGUACCAACUCCAGAACACAAUCUAUCCGAGCUAUGACCCAGUGUACAGAGAGAUGAGCAAACACAAGGAGGGGUAUACAGGGAGUAUGAAGAAGAAGAGGAAUCAGCAUCACACUGUGAGGGACAAGAAUAUCACAAAGUUGUACAGCAAGUGUCACGAGAUAUGUUCUUUGUUGGCGGAAUUACUACAGUUUCAGUUGCUCACAGAUACAACUGUUCUCCAUUUAUCAACUGUAGGAGUUGCUCCUUUCUUUGUGGAGAAUAUUCCAGAGCUACAGCUGUCAGCGCUCAAGCUUGUUACAGGUGUAUUCUCGAAGUAUGAAAUGCAUCGAAAACUAAUCCUCGACGAUAUUCUCGCCUCAAUUGCUCGUCUUCCUUCGAGCAAGAAUUCGCUGCGAACGUUUCGACUGAACAAGAACGAGAAUAUACAGAUGUUAACUGCUCUUGUUCUGCAGCUGAUUCAGUGCGUGGUGGUUCUUCCAAAUCGUCUAGGUCGGGGCAAAAAUUCCAAGGUUAAGGAUGAGGUCCAUGAGACAGACAACGAGGCUGGAAUGGACCGAGAUGUCUUGAUCAACCAUCGUUAUGAGAACGCUAUGGCCACCGCUGUUCAAUUCCUUUCAGUCUUUCUCAAGAAAUGCGGGAGUAAAAGUGAGGAAACGGAUUUCCGGCCGCUGUUCGAGAACUUUCUACAGGACUUGCUUGUGACGGUCAACACGCCAGAAUGGCCGGCCGCCGAGCUACUUCUCUCUUUACUGGGUAAACUACUGGUGUCACAGUUUGCGAGCAAAGGUACUGAAGUGUCCCUCCGAAUUAGUUCUCUGGAUUACCUUGGUCUUGUGGCAAGCAGACUUCGGAGAGACGCAGUUCAAUCCAAGCUUAAGCAGGAUACCAUCGAUACAAUCAUCAAAGCUGUCAAGGACGCCGAGGCUGAUGAGGGGACUGAGGACACAGAGUUUGAAAAGCUUGAGGACGAGGAAGAGAGGACAAGGUUCCUGCAGCGGGUCCUCUUGGACUACUUGACUGUGUCCGGGGGGGAGGAGGACCCCAAUACGUUGUCCAGUAGGCACUUCUACAUCAGUCAAUGGUUUCGAGAUGCAACUGCUGAGAUCCGCAGACAGAAAGGAGUGGACCAACCAAAGAAGAAAAUUAAACACAAGAGAGACAAGAAUACUUCACACAGAAGUAGUCGGAGGAAGGUUGAGAGUGAAAGUGAAUCAAGCGAGGCAAGUGAACCAGAGGAAGUUGACCCCAAGAACAAUCCAAAACUUGCAGAGGUCUUCCGACUCACGGAGGACAGAAAGAACUUUCUCGUUUCCAAGAUUCUUCCGUUCGGAGACACCUCGAAGCCGGGGAAACGGGGACACAGCUUGUCCUCGCAUAUAGACUCGACCAGUGCAACUCUUAUAGUCAAAUACUUGUCCUCAAAACGUCCUUUUUUCAAUAGUUUUGAUAUUUACCUUCAUCAAAUUCUCAGUGUUCUCUCGGAGACAAGUAUUCAGGUGAGGUCGAAGGCGCUGAAAUGCUUGGCGUCGGUUGUUCAAGAGGAUCCAACUGUACUCAGUAGAGACGAUAUGCAACAAGCAAUAAACUACAGUUUCCUGGACGCCGCUACAAUGGUGCGUGAAGCUGCCGUGGAUCUAGUGGGAAAAUUUAUCCUGCAUAAAGCCGAGCUCAUAGAUAAAUAUUAUGACAUGCUUUCACAACGAAUCAUGGAUACAGGUGUAAGUGUUCGCAAACGAGUGAUAAAGAUCUUGAAGGAUAUCUGUAUCGAGUUCCCGGACUACCCCCGCAUCCCCGCCAUCUGCGUCAAGAUGAUCCGACGCAUCAAUGACGAGGAGGGAAUCCGCAAGCUUGUCAUGGAGGUCUUUCAAAACAUGUGGUUUGCACCGCUUAGUGACCGCCGUCGGACAGAGUCGGACAAACAUCUGCUUGUGACGAAAGCGCAGAAUAUUACCGAUGUGGUUGUAUCGUGUCGGGAGACAGGACUAGAAUGGUUCGAACAGCUUCUCCAGACUCUGUUUAAACCGAAGGAGGAUAAGGAUGAUGCUACCAAGGUUGUAAAGGAACCUCCUAAACAGCUCGUCCUGGCCUGUCAACAGAUAGUUGAUUGUCUAGUUGAGACUGUUCUUAAAUCUGAAGAAGUUACACAGGAUGGGGGGAGCGGGACUGGACAAUCUCAUCGUAUAGUUGCGUGCUUAACGACCACUUAUCUGUUCGCUAAGAUACGACCUCAACUUCUAAUUAACCAUGUUCAAACCUUGCAACCAUAUCUUAACAUUAGAUGUGUUACUCAGGGUGACUACCAGAUUAUCUCCAACGUAGCGCAGACCUUGAAGAUGGUAGUUCCGUUGAUAGAGCACCCUAGCGAGAUAUUCUUAUCCCAACUAGAGGAAGCUAGUUUAAAACUUAUCCUGCAGCACGAUAAGACAGUUGUUUCUGCGUGUCUGGCUUGCUUGGGUAGCGUAGUGAACAACGUGACAAAGAACUUUAAUCUGAUCAUGGAGUGCUUCAAGAAGUACUUUGGUCUUAUUCUAGCUUUCAAGAAACUUCAUCAGAAGGAUCCUAAUCUUCAUGCUAAAUCUUUUCAUCCUUUUAGCGGGGAGGAAACUGUUAGAGCUGUAUUUGACGGAGUUUAUUAUUUCAUGGAUCAUGAGAAGAAAGAGAUUCAACUUGCAAUCCUUCAGUGCCUUGGAAACAUCUGUAUUAGACACUAUGAUCUUAUGUUGGAGGAAUCAUUAAAACAGAGAUACAUAUCCAUUCUUUCUCCUCCAGAAUACAGUUCACAUCAUAGAAUACAGGAUACAGUAUUGGUUCUACAGGUGCUCAACAAUAUUGAGACCUAUUUAGUAGAAGAAGAGAACAGAAUGAUGGAGAAAGAUAAAAACUGGAAAGAACACGCUGAACAAGAGAAUUUAAAGGAGAUGGGGGAUGUUUCUAGUGGAAUGGCGAGCACAAUUAUACAAAUAUUUUUAAAGUCUGUGUUAGGAAGUUUUAUUCACCCCUCAGUACAAGUUCGCCACGCAGCUCUUAAAGUGAUUCAACUAAUUCUGGGGCAGGGACUUGUUCAUCCUGUCCAGAUUGUACCGUACCUGAUCUGUAUGUCUACGGACUGUGAGCAGCGUGUAUCACACACGGCUGAUCGUGAGCUCCAAGAUAUAGAGAAGAAGUAUCCAGGGUUUAUCCACAUGAAGCUUAUGCAGGGGAUCAAAUUAUCCUAUAGUUUACAGGAGGUUCUCCCUGGACAGGACACUGGUGUACUCCGUGGAUACCGUGUCAAGGAAGGUGAACUACCCACCGCCCUUCAUGGAUUUCUCUACUCUUGCCUUCGAUCAACCAAAGCCCAGCGUCGGGCUAUACUCAUGAACUUUCUCAAACAGUUUGACGACAUGGUCGAUACGUCGUUGUCGAACAUGCUGUAUCUCGCGGAUAACCUGGCCUAUAUACCCUACACUGUGAUUGAUGAGCCCCUGUUUCUAAUCCACCAUGUUGACGUCAUGGUGUCCGUGAUCGGGACCAACGUGCUCCAAAGCAUUAAGGAGUCCCUCAAGCUGCCGCCGGAGUACGAGCUAAAGAUGAAUCCGGAGACAGGCAGAGAGGAGGUUGUUUAUGAUGAAGACCUGGAUGAAGAUAAGGAGAGUGUGUACUCCCGACUCCCUGACUCCCUGGCAGGUUUCCAGAAGAGUUUAACAGUUGGCCAGGGUUGUCUUCUUCUUCUUGUUCUUAGAGAACAUCUUAAGGAAUUGUAUUCUAUCAACGAGGCUAAGAUCCAAGGAUAUUCUCCCAGUGAAAGCCAGAAGAUCUAUGAAAGAGCUGUGAACAGGAAAGGGAACGCUAAGUUUAAUCCUAAGGCUACUGUAGAAAUCCUCAAGCACCCCCCUGUACCCGCCCAUCUACUGGAUGAGGAAGGGAAGCGGGAUCUUAUUCAGAAAUAUCUUGGGUUUAACCGACCUUCAUUUUUCACUUAUUCUUUGUAUCAGGAUUUGGAUAAAACUGAAAGAGAAAGAGCGGACCGCAGGAAGAAAGUUAAACCAAGCAAAGAAAAGAAGAGAAAGAAGAGUAAGAAGAAGAAGAAAUAUAGAAGUGAGUCGGAAAAUGAAUCUGAUUCCGGUUCCGACUCUGAUUAUGUUGAUUAGAUAAUUUUUUAAAAUAUUUCAGUGACUUGAAAAAAAAUAUCAAAAAACUAUUUAUGUAAUAACUUAAGAUAUUUAAGAUUUCUGGACACUACUAGUGAAAAUUGUGGAAAGUGGAAAUAACGUUGUAUAUUUUGUAAACAGUGUACUGUACAUGUACUGUACUGUACUGUACUGUACUGUAAUAUUCUUGUGUACAGUUCUAAUUGUAUACUAUCUCUGAACCAGGAUUUAUAUAACAAUAAAAUGAAUUGUCCUACACGGCAGUACACCAUUUUA